AUGAGGAAGAAUGGGCUGACGUUCAUCAAGGAGUACCCUAUUGUCGGCGGAUACGACUACUCUGGCGUAGUUGAGGUCGUCGGCGUCGAGGUCAUUACGGUCAAGAAGGGCGAUCGGAUUCCCUCAUUCGACCGGCGGGAGUUUCUAGGAGUUCUGCCUCCAGCCUGCCUCGUCUAUGGCCAAGAAAACGUCACGUUUGAGCAAGCUGCCGUCGUCCCUCUUGGUCUUGCGACGGCAACCACCGGUCUGUGGAACUGUAACCCCGCCAUGGGUGCCCACCUCCUGAAUCUCCCCGCUCCGUGGGAGGAGGGCGGUCCUACCGCCGGUGCCGAUAACGUCGCAUUCGUCGUCGGCGGAUCUUCCUCCGUCGGGCAGUACGGUCCCCAUCCAAGCCCUGAGGAUGAACGGCUUCUCAACCAUCGUCACAACCACCUCCCUCAAACACGCCGACAUCCUCGCCGCGCUCCCGCGUCGUCCCUCGCCUUCGACACGAUCGGGCUCCCCGUCACGCAGAUGCUCGCGUACUCCGCCCUCGAAAGCGCGGGGCGCGGCGGGUACGUCACCGUCAGCAUCACCGGCGACCCCGCCGUCGCCGCGCGAAUGAGGGAGACCGGACAUGAGGGGAUCGUCGUCUCGCGCGCCGCGGGCUCAUCUGUCAUCCCGCAGACGGCAGCGCUCGGAGCGCAGGUUCUCGCGCGCGUUGGGGGAUGGCUCGCGGAUGGGACGCUGGUGCCGAACCAGGUUGAGGUGCUUGAGGGCGGUUUGGAGGGGAUCCCGGAUGGGCUCGCGAGGAUCUCUGCGGGGAAGGUGCGCGGGACGAAGCUUGUGGUGAUACCAUCCGCUACGGGCUGA